AUGGCCUAUGAGUUAGAUGGUGGAAUAGUCUCAGAUAGUCCUUAUGCUUACUUUCAAUAUAAGAAUUAUUUAACAAUAAAACAACAAUUCUCAGAAUUAAAUAGCAUAGUGUUAGAUUAAACGUUAAAAAGAUCACUUCAAAUUUAAUCUAAAUUGUCAAUAAUUACUUUUAUUUGCUUCGGAGCCUUGACUAUUUAAUAUGGUUUUGCGGUUUUUUAUUUUAUUUUAUUAUAAAAAGUAGUGCUUAAACAUUACUCACUCGUCUAAUAUAUACAAAUUAAAUACAUUGAUUUCGAGAUAAAUUAUUUAAAAAAACUAAUCGAUGGAGUGAAUUAGAAUUAAAAUUUAUUAUUUAGAUAUUAAUUUCGUUUAGAAAAUAAGGAAUCACUUUUAGAUACUUCCAACAUUAAACUUAUCCUCAACUAUCACGAUAUAUACUAUUACCUAUUUUUUAUAUUUUUUCUUGGGCUUACAGCAGGAAAUGCUUCAUUGACCUAUUACGAGGGUUGGAAUUAUUUAGAAAAAUAUCCAGAAACUGCUAAAUUUUAUAAAGAAGUUUCUGAUGUAGGAACUGAUGUGCCAACCAUGUUUGCCUAAAGAGAUGUUCUGUAUAGUAGAAAGGGCUAUAAUUUCAUAUUUCAAUUUAAAGAGAGUCUGACAGUUUAUUAGAAGAAAAUAGUUGAAUCAUUAAAUCGAACCAAGGCCUUCAUUUAAGAUGACUACAAUUUUGAUAAAUAUGUGGUUUCUGAUUCAUUUAAAGAAUUCUUUUUUUAAAUCUAGAACGACAACCUUUGUGACUUUAUCCCAGAUGAAUUAAAGAAUAAGUCUAAUACUAUUUGUCAGAUUGUUUUAAAUUAAAAUAUGAGGAGAGGACUAUAGGCAUUACUUAUUUAUAUUAUAAAUCAUAUUACUACAGAUAUGGAAAUUAAUUAGUUCACUUCAAGAAGUCAAGCAAGUUAUCUAGAGUUAGAAGGAGCAUUUUUAGUAUCAAAUAUAAUUAAAGUCGUAAAUGAUAAAUUUAACAUUGAUUUAAUGGAUUAAACUACCUAUUUUAUGAAUUUAGCCAAUAUGCAUAACAUCAUUAUGUUUAUCAAUUUAUUUUUCUUAGGAAUCUUAAUACUAACUCUCAUUAAAAAUAAAUUAAUUGAAAAACUCCACAUAGCCCAAAGAUUGACCUAUAUAAUGCCAUCAAAAUCAGUUAUUUUAGAUUCAAAUUUUGAACGGGCCCUCAGAUCACUCUUAAAAGAAUAAUGA